UUAAAGUGGUCUACUUCUCUACUUUCCAUAACAAGGCGGUAACAGCCAUCGUCAUCGUCGUAGUCGGCGACGGCGGUUAUGUCAACGAUGGGGGCGGAAAGAUGCACUCUAGUGCUAGUAAAUUUAGCCGGAAUCAUGGAACGCGCCGACGAGGCGCUGCUUCCGGCCGUGUACAAGGAGGUCGGGGAGGCGCUGAACGUGACACCUUCGGGAUUGGGCAUCCUCACACUUUUACGAUCGUUCGUGCAGUCGGCGUGUUACCCGCUCGCUAUGUACAUGGCUGUAAGGCACAAUCGGACACAUGUGAUCGCCAUUGGAGCCUUCCUUUGGGCGGCGGCUACUUUCCUCGUUGCUUUCUCCUCAACUUAUUGGGAGAUUGCAUUCUCAAGAGCCUUGAAUGGCAUAGGGUUAGCCUUGGUGACACCAGCAAUCCAGUCCCUUGUUGCAGACUCCACUGAUGACAAUAACCGUGGUUCAGCUUUUGGAUGGUUGCAAUUGACUUCCAAUAUAGGUUCUAUACUUGGUGGUUUCAUCUCUCUCCUACUAGCAUCAACUACAUUCAUGGGAAUUGAUGGCUGGAGAAUUUCCUUCCAUCUUAUUGGAAUCAUAAGUGUAAUUGUUGGAAUAUUAGUCCGCUUUUAUGCAGUUGAUCCCCAUUUUUCUAAUAGUACAAGUCCAGGUGGCGUCCCCCCUUCAUCCUACUCUAUAGCUUCUGAAGUCAAAAAUCUUCUUAAGGAAACGAAAUCUGUCAUUAAAAUUCCAUCGUUUCAGAUCAUUGUAGCCCAGGGAAUCACUGGAACCUUCCCAUGGUCUGCCCUGGCAUUUGCACCGAUGUGGUUAGAGCUUAUUGGGUUUUCUCAUGGUGCUACUGCAGUUCUUAUGGCUAUGUUUGUCGUCGCAAACUCACUUGGAGGAUUAAUUGGUGGAAAAUUGGGAGAUUUUCUUGCAGUGCGCUUACCAAACUCUGGAAGGAUAAUAUUGUCACAGAUAAGUUCUGGCUCAGCUAUCCCAUUUGGAGCUUUGUUGUUGCUGGGAUUGCCUGAUGACCCUUCCUCAGGAGUGGCGCAUGCUAUUGUUUUGUUCACCAUGGGAUUGAGCAUAUCGUGGAAUGCUGCUGCCACGAACAAUCCUAUAUUUGCAGAGAUUGUCCCUGAAAAAUCACGGACAAGCAUCUAUGCGCUGGAUAGAACCUUUGAGACAGUCUUAUCAUCGUUUGCCCCUCCUGUUGUUGGCCUUUUAGCUGAGCAUUUUUAUGGCUACAAACCAAAUCCAUCUGGAUCAAACAAGGAUAUCAGCAUUGAGAUUGACAGAGAGAAUGCUACCUCCUUGGCUAAGGCUCUCUAUACUGCAAUAGCAAUUCCAAUGUUUCUCUGCUGUAUUAUUUACUCCUUCCUUUACUGCACCUAUCCAAGGGACCGGGAGAGGGCUAGAAUGCAUUCCUUGUUGGAGUCCGAAAUGCUGCAAUUAGAUUUGAAGAUAUCUGUAGAUCAAAUUGAAUCAGAGCCAUUCCAGAAAGAAGAGCUUGCGAUUGGCAGGCCCUAUGAAGAGGAAGAACAUGAAGCUGCUGCAGAUGAUGAAAGAAGGCUACUAUUUAGACUGGAUUCUUCAAGAGGUGCAAAAGAGACCGAUGGUAUUUCUUGACAUCUUAUUCUCAGAUUAAGUUGCAAGUUUUCUUAUCUCCCAGAAAGCUUUUGAUUGUUUUAAAAGUACAUUUUAAAAGCUCAAAAUCAAGGAUAUUUCAUUGAAAAAUUCAUUAACAAAAUAUUGAAAGAGAAAAAUGGUUCUCUUCACGGUGAAUGUUCCUCAUGCUAGCAUUUUCAUUCAUUUCUUUUUUUUUUCUUUUCUUGUCUCGUUUGUUUAUAUGAAUGUAAAGAUUACUACAGACUGCAGAGAGAGCUUUUAUGUAUCAAGUAAAGUGCAUUUACUUGGUAUUACAAUACUCUUCUAUUGAUAUAAUCCAUAAUAUAGAAGAUUAACAUACAUGUAAAUUUGGUUAUGCUUGUAUUCCACUGUAAUAGAACCAUAUUAAGCCUUCUUUUCUUAAUUACUGUGCUAACUGGAUUAUUUAAUUACAUUGCCCCAACUGAGAAUUUUGUUUCUGUUGAUAAUUAUCAAAGCCUUAUUUUCAGUUAAAAUCAACUCUCCAGUUUUCAGGAGUUGAAUAAUCCCUGCCAGGAUAAAAUCAUAAUGACAACUUGAAUGAUCCUGUCCAAGUCUCUCUGUCGAAUGUAGACAUCAAAGAGAAAUAUAUAUAAGCUGAGAAAGAAUUGUUGCCUAUUGGUCAAAGAAAAUUAUUUCUCUAGACAU